UGUCGUUGUUGCAAGUUGCACGUUGUCUCAAGUUACUCGAUUUUAUUUUACAGUACAAAUGUGAAUUUUUCUCAUGAAAAAUGGAUUAAGUAGGUACGCGUAGAUGCUUGAGAAAGUCAUCAUUUUUUAAUAAUUUCAAGUUUGUCUCUCUCUAUUACUGAAAGCAGCUUACCUACAUUAACAUAAAGUGAUUUUGCCGGUUCAGUUGGUUAUCAAUCAUUAGAAAGAUUUCACACCAGGAUUGAAUCCAUCAUACCUACGCAUAGAUCAAAUCAAGAAUACAUCAUGAAUGAAACCGAGUCUAAUGUAUACGACCUGAUAUAUCCUAGCCCUGUCACCCUGAAAGAAAUCUCAUCUAUAGUACUCGCUGUGGAAUUAUGGAGUGAAGAAAUCAGCGCACAUAUAGAGAGUGAGUGUUUACAGAAUUUGGAGUUGGAUUUGAAAAAAAGUAACAUUAGAUUGAAAAAUGUUAUUCCCGAUUUGCCAUCUUCGACUUAUAAUUUCCUUGAGGAAUAUGUCGACACAUUCGGAAAGUCAAUCGCGCAAUGGCUGACAUAUCACCACGAUAAUAUAUUUACUGGAUGUGAUGGUAGUCCGAAGAGCACAUUUUUGAGCCGUUUCCAUGAUUUUUCAUGGGACUGGAAUGGUACCAUUCAUUAUACGCGCACAGCCAAACGUAUGAUGUUAUGCGAUCGAUUCACUAAAGAGGAGAAAUUCAAGAUCGCUUGUGUGUACUGCUUCGAAGACGAUAUCAAACGAAUUUGGCCAACUGUCAGGUGGAAUAUGGAUUUCAGAUUGAGUAGAGUUGCUUUUGAUCGUUUUGAUCCAAUGCGGAAAUUUCCGCAAUUGUUCUACUGGAUUUGCUUUCUUAGAAACAACCUAGACAAGGUACCCAAACCAUGUUAUAUGUCUACGGACGCGGCGACGCUUUUUAACUGCGGAUCAGAAUCGAUUAACCAUUCAUUUCUGAAGUAUUUUUGGGAUCGUAUACCCUCUGACUCUGAUAAUCUGGCAGUUCUGGUUAGGAAAAGGUAUGCUAUUUGGUCGCAAAUAUUCUGUAGAUUUAUAUUACAUAAAUUAAACAAACACAAUCUUGAGAGGUUUUUGAGUGUGCUAGGUACUGAAUUUAUGUGGUUUCUGUUCAAAUUUGGAGAUGCUUUAGAGCUAUGUACUGCUUUGCGAACUUGGAAGUACAUUCAAAAUGAAAUCAGUAGUAGUCAUUUUAUUAGUUACGUCAACAAAUCGUUUCAGUAUGAAGCCGGCCUCGGAUUUUAUGCAUUUAAUAGAGGGUAUUUGUUCCGCGAGAUAUGGAAAAGUGCUCCACAGCAUUUGAAACGAUCGGCGGUCGAAAAUGUUCUAUCGAAGAAUUCAUUAUAUCUUCUUAGGCCGUGGACCCGUUCUGAGCAUAGACCAGUGAAAUUUUUCAUCAUUCUAUUACAGGAUGCUACUGUUGAAGAGAGGAACACAUUUUGGCGGGAAAAUUGGCGUAAUUUUAUCCGUUGGUGUGGUGCAGAUAACCGUGAUUUGAUCGAAUUGAUGAAAUUGUGCUUACAAACAGAUAACGAAAUUGCGUUAUUCAAUAAAACUACGAUGGCGACGUACGAAAAUAUCGCCGAGUACUGCGUACCGUUGCUGAAACGAGGAUCUUUUGAAGAAUUGGAUGUCUUUUUAUCUGUUUGCUGUCCCGAUGUGCGAAAAAAAAGCGAAUUGAAACAGCGAUUAUUGUGGAUGUAUGUCGACAAUAAUUCUGUACUGACAGUAGAAGUACUCAGAAAACAAGAAUUGUUGAGUAAGUUUGUCAGCGAUGCUUUUCAAGAUGCUGGUGAUUUCGGAGUUGAAUUAUUUAGAAACCAAUUCACAUUGUCACCUAUAACCCAAAACUGUUUAUUCGAAUGUAUUCGCUGGUCCGAUCUAGACGCCCUGAUGGAGUUCGUUGAUAGUUUUUUUGUAGAUGAACUAGCAGUGGUGCUUCUGAAAAAACACUUAUUUGAAUGUUUCAAGGGGCAUCUGAUUAAUGGUAAUUGUUUCUACAAGGAUGGUGUUGAUGUGCAAGGAUUUCUUAUUUGGUUGUUGGGUAGCGAACGUGAAGUUGACAGAUUAGUUGAGGAUAUUUCUCGCAAGUUGUUGCCAGCAGAGCGGAGUUGGCCGAGAGAAGUAGUUUAUGAUAAUGAUUUCAAGAACCUAGAUAAUUUUUUAAUGUGGUAUUUUAACAAAGACGAACAAGAAAUUGACAAGUUUUUGAUACCAUUUUAUGAUGAAAUGGUGUCGUUCGCUCCUAAAAAGCAUCGCAGAAUGGAAUUUGAUGAUGAAAUGGCGUCGUUCGCUCCUAGAAAACGUAGAAGAAUAGAGUAGCUGUGGUCUGAGUUUUCGAAUGUGAAGUUAUUCUAAAUUAUUCAGCUUGUUAAAUAGUAUAAUCAAUAUGUACAGAGUAUCGUUUAGGUACCGGUUUUGUGCUUUCAUUCUUACUACCUACAUUGGUGAUAUUAUGAAAUAUGAAUUGUGGAUAGAUAUUGAUUAAUUACCUAUUGAGAAGUAUAGGUACCUAAUAAUCGAUUGUAUAUAUGACUUAAUGUUCUUACCUAAUAAACGUAUAUUGACG